GAGAUUGACGUCAUAGCUGUCAGAUGGCUGCUAAUUGUCAAACAUAGAUUUAUCUAAUGACCCGUUAAUUUGUUGUUUACUGUUCGCGUAGUUGCUAUAAUAAGAGGCUUGCUUUAUUUUCUAUGGGUUCCACGCUAUAAGUAAUUAUUUUCGCCAAAAAAAAGUUUAGGAAUUAUGUUUAGUAAGAAGGGAUUAUGUGCGGGUUUUUAUUGUUACUUGUCACCUACUCAUUUAUUUAGAUAAGUUUGUUGUAAAUUAUGUAAUUUUGUACCAUGGAAGAAGUUAGUUUUAGUUCUGUACUAACGAAGACACAACGUCUUGUGCUCGGACUGUUUGUUUUAUUACUGGUUGAUAUUAUUUGGGUGUCUUCCUCCGAACUUACAAAGUAUAUUUACCAUAAUGAAGCAUUUGAAAAACCAUUUUUUAGUACAUAUGUUAAAACUUCGAUGUUUACUUUGUACUUAUUAGGCUUCUGUUUUUGGCCACCGUGGCGAGAGCACUGUACUAGUAAGCCUAACAAUUAUAUGUUUAUUGAUCCCAAUCAAGAAGACGAGAAUUUUUAUUCGGAUUCUGUUUCUAGUUUGAGUAACCCCACUUACGUUCCUGUCAAGACGCUCGAUAGAGAACAUUUCGAUAGGAGUUCGGGAACUGAAAGUGAUGAUUCUUCCAUUCGUUCCGUACGCUUCAAUAAAUUAGCGGAAGUGCGUCAUAUGGCCGAGUCGGAAGCGGGCGAGGCUCUUCUGGCGAGACUUUCGUAUCAAGCCAGCGUUCGUGCGGGCGAAGUAGCUAGAAAAGCGGCCACCAAGCUACCAGUGCAUAAAGUCGCGCGGAUAGCGUUUAUAUUUUGCAUUUUGUGGUUUUUGGCAAACUACAGUUACCAACUGGCUUUGGCGAAAACCGAAGCUGGGAUGGUGAACCUACUGUCUUCCAGUUCUAGUCUAUUUACUCUUAUACUAUCUGCGUUAUUUCCAUCAAACCACGCCGAUCGUUUUACCAUUUCAAAGUUGGUGGCAGUAUCGAUGUCUAUUAGUGGUUUGGCCUUAGUAAGUUUAUCCGAUUUAAAGUUAGAAUCUCAUUUUCCAUUUGGUGCUGCAUUAUCCUUAGUAAGCGCGUUUGCGUAUGCGACGUAUUUGGUAUUUUUAAGGCGGAAAGUCGAUGAUGAAGACAAGAUGGAUAUUCCUUUAUUUUUUGGUUUCGUUGGACUAUUUAAUUUAAUAUUACUCUGGCCAUUAUUUUUCCUUCUCCAUUAUAACAAUUGGGAAAAUUUCGAAUGGCCCACAAAACAUCAAUGGCUCUUUUUAAUUUUAAACGGAUUAGUAGGAACUGUAGUGUCGGAGGCGUUAUGGCUAUGGGGCUGUUUUUUAACCUCGUCAUUAAUUGCCACGAUAGCUAUAAGUUUAACAAUUCCUUUAACAAUGCUUGCAGAUGUCAUGCUAAAAAAAGUUUCGUACCCGUGUCUUUUUUACGCAGGAACAGUUCCAAUUCUAAUAGCAUUUUUAUCGGUUGCAAUUCUCGCGCAUUACGAAAACUGGGACCCCGUCUUUGAUAUACUUCGUUGUGCCUACCACAAUAUUUGUCGACGAGCAAAAUUUGUGCGUUAUAGGUUGCCCGAGUUGCAAUCUGAACAGACGGAAGCACUGAUUAGUAUUAAUAAUAAUGAACAUGAAGCUUGAAUCGGCCAUCGCAUUCCAGCUAAGUAUUAUAAUGUUUAUUUUGGUCACGAAUUAUUCUAUAAUGCACAUAGGCUGGAAAGUUACAAAAAUUAAUAAAUAAUACAAAUACUCGAGUGCUGUUAUUUUGUUAUGAUCUCUUGCACUGUAGACUCUUGCUUAAAAUUUAAAUUUAUGAGGCAAUUUUAACAUUAAUUCGAUGUGCAUCCACAUAACAGAGUAAUAGCACCAUACUAUUAUAUUGAUUUGUUAAAUUUUUAUGUUAUAAACAUUUAUAGGUUAUUAUUGACAGAUAAGGCUGUGACUUAGCAUAUUUAGACUCGUUCUUGUUUUAUCGUCUUAUUUUAUUCUUACUUAUACUUACAAAGUAUUUUAAGCUAAGCUCAUUAUUUUAACAAAAAAACAACCUAGGUGUCGUAGAAGAUAGCAGACAAUUGAAUUCUGUGCGACUUUGAUUUUUAUCGAAGUAGUAAAUUUAUAAAAUAUGAUCAAAACUGUGAAUUAAUUGUAUGUAUUGCCAUUUUCAAAACGGAAGGGAGUGUGUAGAAACCAUCUAUUAAGUUUAUACAAUUCAGUCCGUAGCACUUUCAUAAAUAAAAUUUUCUAUUUCAGUCCA